AUUCAGUUUGCGACCACCUUAAAAACAACCUAAAGAAUACAAAGAAGCCACGUGAUUUCCUGUUAGCAUUCGAAGUUACAGCUAGCUAUCUGGAAACGCUGAUAAGAAUCGAUAAAGCUUCACUCUGUAAAACUUUAAUGUUAGUUAAAGAGCUAAAGGGCCACAAAAACCGGCAACAAAAGGAAAGAAGAGGAAAAGACUAAGUUAUCACAAACAGUCUAACAGCGGAGAAGCUCGUUUGAACAGCGGCUAACUGCUGCUAAUGAGAUAAUUAGAGUUUUUGGAGAGAAAGAAAAAGAAGAAGAAAAAAAAACAAAACAUCGCAGAGCACCAAGAAUAAGUUCGUGGUUUAAAAGAAGAGAAGAAAUAAGUCAAAGUGCUGGAUGCUGUUUUCAAGGCAGAAGCAGACAUGCAGCAGGUUUUACUGGGAAAAGAUGAUUAUGAUGAUGAUGAUGAUCUCCCUGAGCAACAGCAAAGGAAUCCAAAUCCAGACCAAAAUGACUCUGAGCUUCCAAACAUUAAGGAGGAACAGGAGGAAUUCUGGAGUGAAGAUGAAGAAAAUCCACAUUCAUCACAGCUUCAUCAAAGCCAAAGAGAUGAGAGCACAGAAGUGGAGCUUCUUUCCAGCAACUCAACUGAGCACAGAACAGUGAAAAUAGAAGUUGAUGGAGACGACUGUGAAGGAUCAAAACCAGACAGUGAAUCAGGUCCAUGCAGUCAUUUACGACCCGGUACUGAUGGUAUGCAGAAGUUGUUGGUGAUUAAAAAAGAAAGUCUACCUGAACACCAGGAGAGGAAUUUGAGUGCUGACCAGGACAUUAAAGAGGAGCAAGAGAAACUUUGGAUCAGUCAGCAGGGAGAGCAGCUUCACCAACUGGAGAAGGCUGAUAUCACUAAGCUCCUUUUCACUACUGUCACUGUGAAGAGUGAAAAUGAUGAUGAACAACUGGAGACAUCACAGGUUCCUCAAAGCCAAAGUGAUGAGAGCACAGAGGCUGAGCCUGUAGCCAGCAGCUCAAAUGUACACAGAACACUGACAGCAGAAGCUGAUGGAGAGGACGAUGGAGGACCACAACCAGCCAGCAACUCAGGUCCAUAUAGUCGUUUACAACCAGAUACCAAUGCUGGGCAUUCAGACAGUUCUAGAACUGAGACUGACAACAGCUGUGAAUGGAACGAGACAAGAGAACUUUAUUCAGGCUUUAAGCUGAAGACAAAUAGCAAUGGCUCUCUUAGUAAAAGCAAGUGUAUUAUUACUAAGAAACAUUUUAAUUUCUGUCGGUGUGGAAAACCAUGUGGUCACAUGAUCUAUACACAGCAACACACAGAAAUGCAAACAAGUGAAAAACCAUUUGGCUGUUCUGAGUGUGGUAAAAGUUUUAGCUACAAGAGUAGACUAAUCACACAUAUGCAAAUUCAUACAGGAGAGAAACCAUUUGUAUGCUCUGAUUGUGGUAAGAGAUUUAGACAAAAAGGCACUCUAGUCAGACAUGUGAACAGUCAUAGAGGACACAAACCAUUUGGUUGUUCUGAGUGUGAUAAAAGAUAUGGACAAAAAGAUGAUUUAAUCAAACACAUGAGAAUACAUACAGGAGAGAAACCAUUUGUCUGUUCUGAGUGUGGUACAAGUUUUGGACAGAAGGGCCAUUUGUUGGGACACAUGAUAAUUCAUACAGGACAGAAACCAUUUGGCUGUUCUGAAUGUGGUAAAGGAUUCGGACGUAAGAGCAAUCUGAUUGCACACAUGGCGAUUCAUACGGGUCAUAAACCGUUUGGCUGUUCUAUAUGUGGUAAAAGAUUUGGACAUAAGGGCCAUCAGAUCAAACACAUGAGAAAUCAUACUGGACAGAAACCGUUCGCCUGUUCUGAAUGUAGUAAAAGAUUUGGGCAGAAGGGUGACCUGAUCAUACACCUGAGAAUGCAUACAGGACACAAACUAUUUGGCUGUUCUGAAUGUGGUAAAAGAUUUGUACAUAAGAGCCAUUUGUUCACACACAUGAGAAGUCAUACAGGGGAGAAACCAUUUAGCUGUUCUGAGUGUGGUAAAAGAUUUGGAUUAAAGUGCCGUUUGCUCUCACAUAUGAAAAUUCAUACAGGUGAGAAACAGUUUAGCUGUUCUAAGUGUGAUAAGCGAUUUAGAAGAAAGACUAAUCUGAUAGCACAUAUGAGAAUCCACACAGGUGAGAAACCAUUUAGUUGUUCUCAGUGUGAUAAAAAGUUCGGAAGAAAGGGCCAUCUUACUACACACAUGAAAAUACAUACAGGAGAAAAACCAUUUGCCUGUUCUGAGUGUGAUAAAAGUUUUGGAAGAAAAGGCCACCUGAUAUCGCACAUGAAAAUACAUACAGGAGAAAAACCAUUUAGCUGUUCUGACUGUGAUAAAAGAUUUGGAAGAAAGGGCCAUCUGAUCAAACACAUGAAAACUCAUUUGGUCCUUAGACCUUCAUAUGUAACUUAAUCACAUACA